AUGGACAUCAAUGCUGAAAAAUCACCAUUAACUCAAUCUGAAGAAACUUCAAACAAAUCCAACUUUUAUUCUGUUGCAGUUGUCAGACCAAAACAUCCAAGACGCUAUAAACUCUUACCAAAAGAUAAACUCCGUUUUCCUAGAAAUGACAAUGCACAUCAAUUUUGGCGUAAAACUGAUUAUUCCAAACACAUGCCUCUUAUCAAUGUCAACUAUGAUAACGAUGAUGAAGAAUUCAAUGUUGCAUUAUUUCAAAAUGUUGCCAAUAAAGGUUUAUGUGAUUAUUUAAAAGCUGAUCAACUUAGCAGUUAUUAUCAUCAUCAUCAAUCUAAUUCAACAGAUGAUUGGGAUUUACAUCUUUCCAUACCAAAUGAAUUUAAAAAACAACAAACAUGUUGUCCAUUCAAUAAUUGUUGUACUUUAUCAUGA